UUGGACUACUCUACCAAUGAUGCUCUCUUUGCUGAUGGCAAUACUCCACGUGCAAUCUGGGACCCAUUAUUUUGUGUCAUCUCCCAAGAUACCCGGAAUCUCCUAUGUCAUAGAUCUGAAGAGUCAGCAAAUGAAAGGCCACAUAUUAGGAAUCUCCCAGUAGUCCGUUUAGAUGGAAGUAAAGAUGAAUUUGACAAAAGAUGGGGCUAUGAAACACUACAGAGUAUCAGGGAAAAUGCAAUAUGUCACCAUCCAUAUAAUUUUGCUGCAGAGCAGAUUUCACGCAGUCAGACGUUGGAUAACAGAUCAUCUAGUAGCCGUGGAUCGAGUCCAAACACAUCCUAUGAGAAGGCUCUGGGAGAAGAGGACAGGAGAGGUAGUGUCCCAGCAUUCCCUGCAUCUCAUGAAGACACAGUCAGCAUGGACAGUACCCCCUCCACAACCUCUAGCAGGAUUUCAAAUUUCUUCUCAAAAGGAUUCAAAAGCAACUUGAAGAGAACCAAAAGUGCCACAAAAUUAAGCUUGGAACGGAAGAAAUUCAACAGUAGCGCAGAGAGCGAUGUAGGCAAAUUCUCACUGAAGAGGUCGAUGAGCUUAGGUCGACUGUCCAGAAAAACGCGACAAAAAACUCAGGAAAACACAAUCCAUGAAACACCAGUCAAAACCCAUGAAUCACCCCAAACAAAUCUCCCUUGUGAGUGCAGUCGCUGGACCAAGGAUUCUUUACGAACAUGGCAACUGAUCAACAAUAAGUUACGAUCGUCACGUUCUCAUGAGUCGUUACUGACGAGUCCAAACAGUAUGCACUCCGUCGACUUGACGUCACCCGAUGUGGAAAUCAAGCCUCUGCACAGUAGCAUUCUGGGACAGGACCAUUGUUUCCAGGUGUCGACAAAUAACGGCAGCAAGUAUUUCUCAUGCCGCACAGCUGAGGAACGAGAAAAGUGGAUAGAAUGUCUACGAAAAACAGUUCAUCCAGAUCAAGAGCAGUCAAGACGAACAGACAAUUCUCUCAAAAUGUGGGUGCUGGAGGCUAAAAAUAUCCCGUCCAAAAAAAGAUAUUUCUGUGAGAUUUUAUUAGACAAGACUCUUUAUGCCAGAACCUCUUCAAAAACUAAGGGAGAUAUGCUGUUCUGGGGCGAAAGCUUUGAUUUUAAUAACCUUCCUGCCAUUGAUGCUAUCACAGUGAAUUUAUACAGGGAAGCCGAUAAAAAGAAAAAGAAAGAUAAAAAUCAGCUCAUUGGAUAUAUUAACAUCAAUGUAUCUGAGAUCACAAAUCGUACAUUCACGGAGAAGUGGCACCCCUGCUCAUCUGCAGUUGUGGGUAAAGCUGGACGUGAGAGUAAGGCCGAAUUGCCCCUGAUGAGGGUGAAGGCGCGGUACCAGACAGUGCACAUUCUCCCAAUGGAGUUAUACCAAGAUCUCAGUAAUUAUCUACUUGAAGAAUAUAUCGGUCUAACAGAGGUACUAGAGCCCACUGUUAGUGUCAAAUCCAAAGAGGAUAUUGCCACUGCCCUUGUACAUAUCAUGCAAAAAUCCAAUCGUGCCAAAGAUUUCCUUGCUGAUGUUGUCAUGCGUGAAGUUGGUCGUCAAGACAACGAAAACCUGACAUUCAGGGGGAACAGUAUCGCAUCCAAGGCAAUGGAAGCCUACAUGAAACUAGUCGGUGAAAAGUAUUUACAAGAUACCCUUGGUCACUUCAUAACUACAUUAACAGAGUCACCUGAUGACUGUGAAGUUGACCCAACCAAAGUUGGCAACAACGGAACUCUCCAAAGACACCAGACCAAUCUUACCAUGUACUGUGAGAUGGCCUGGUUUAAGAUCAUCAACUCUUACUGCUAUUUCCCAAAUGAGCUACGUGAAGUAUUCUCAAGAUUCAGGAUACGCUGUGAAGAAUUAAAACGGGAAGACACAAGCGACAAUCUUAUCAGCUCCUCCAUCUUUCUCCGCUUCCUGUGCCCCGCGAUUCUGUCCCCCAGUCUGUUUGGGCUCACCCAAGAAUACCCCAGCGAGAAAGCGGCCAGAAAUCUUACCCUUAUUGCCAAAACUACACAGACUCUUGCGAACUUUACGAAGUUUGGUGCCAAAGAAGAGUAUAUGAACUUUAUGAAUGAGUUUGUUGAGCGGGAAUGGACCAGUAUGAAGAACUUCCUCAAGCAAAUCUCUACAUCUGAAAACAACGCUAAGUUUACAGAAUUUGAUGGCUACAUAGAUCUUGGUAAAGAGCUGUCUAUUCUCCACUCUUUACUGCUAGAGAGCAUGGAGAAACUAAGUGAGAGUGCAAUAUUGAAAUUAGGGAAACUGCCGAAAAUCUUGUCAAACCUUAGUGAAGCGCAGGCAAACCCGAGUGUGACGAAACGUAAACCAAUCAACACUCAGAUCUAUGACAAUCUGCCGCAGUUGGACUGCGCAUUAAACUUAUUGACUAAAACUGAAGAGGACAUGAUAAAUAUACUUCAAGACUAUGAUGAAGGGGGUUCAAGGAGUGUAUCUCUGUCCCAUGAUGAUACUUCAUCACAAUCCCAGAAUGCAUCAUUAGACAAUAGUUCAGAUAUCAUACAUAAUUAUGGUAUGGGUUCUUUAAGUAAACGAUCUGGACGAGACUUUUCUGAGGAUUAUGGGAAAUUCCCUUCCUUGGAUGAAUCUUCAGUUGACUUUUCAGUUGGAAGUGCCUCUAAUGAGGUGACACCAACGUCAGAUGACACUGACGCGAGACUCGAUGUCAGGAGUACGGCACCACGGGUCGAGGAAGUUCACAAGUCAUGGAAAGACAUGGUUAGUGCAGCCGAACUUGUUAAUGGAGAUUACGUAGAUCUGAUAAACUUUAUGGAUGAUAUCCAUAGCAUGGAUGAUAUACAAGAAGAAAUGCAGAAUUCAUCAAUGGAGAUAGAACAAAAUCUUAAAGGCAGCCAGGGGUCUAUUAGUCAGUUAUCAGGAAUAGCCUCAUCGGGGUAUCAAUCCUUUGGUUACAGCCAAUCCAGUUCCCCUGUCGAGCCUAUAGCCCAGGACGGCCCCAAAUCACCCUGUACAAGUACCCCUGGUCAGCUUACCCAGCCCUUACAGUUUGCUAACCCCUUGUUCAGACUCCAGGCCAAUAAUAGUAUGAGUAGAUCUCAAUCUGGAGGAACUAAGGGUGUUAUCACAGUGCAAUCAACCGGACAUUCAAAUGGUGCAUCUUCAAAUUUGAAAACUUCUAGUCCUAAAACAGAGAAAAAUGCCGGAUUAAAGAAUAUGUCGAGUAGUAGCGAGUCCUUAUCUUCUCCUAGGAGUACAAACUCUCGGACUAGUAGUCAUGGUAGCGUAGGGAGUCCGUGCACAAACACUGUCACAAGUACACGUACAUUUACACUACAGGGUCCAACCUCUGGGUCAACGAAUGGAACAUUUACUCCCUUGUCACCCACACAUAGGGGUUGUACGACCCCCCAGUCACCAAUACACAGAAGUAGCAGUAGUUCUUCGUACACCACACCCCCUUCUCCCUCAUCUAGGACCAACAGCACUAGUUUCACCUCUCAAUCCCCCACCCCCAAGGAUUUUUUCACCCCUCAGUCUCCUACCCAAAAGGAGUUCUUCCCCUCCCCUUCCCCCACCCCCAAAGACAAUAAUCUCCCGACUAGGAGUAGCUCACGACAAGCUGACAUUAGUGAAACAUUGUUUGAUUCCAAUGGACUUCCAAGAUUUGAUAACUCCUUAAAAGCUAGUGAAUUAUCUCGAAGUGCAGAUUUUUCCCAUUUCCGACGCCAGAGAAGUAUUGAGAGGAUACGACGUACAGCGACGGAUAGCGCCAUAUCUCAAGCUCGAAUAAAGCUCCAAACACCCCCAGUUCCUCUGAGGACAUCCACACCCCCUGAUAGCCCCCAUUACGCCACCUAUGGGCCAAGUAGGAGAGGCUCGGCUCCAGUCAGAAUGGGUGUCAGCUCAGUUCAACGCAAAAUCAAAGAAAAGGAAAAGACAAAUAUCGAGUAUGAGCAAGAAAUCACGACACUUAAGAAACAACUAGAUAGCACCCAUAGCCAGAUACAGGAAACGAAAAAAUUCUACGCCGAAAAAGAACUUGAAUUGAAUAAUAGAUGGCAGCAUAAACUAAAUGAUACUUUGGCGGAAAUGUCAAAGAAACAGGAAGAGAAAGAUCGAGAGAUGAAAUCUCUUAUUCAAAGGUUAGUUACAGUUGAAGAAAAUUUGAAAAAAGAACAGACAGAAUUGAGAAGUGUGGUUUCCCAGAAACAACGAACUUUAGAAAUCCAGGAGAAACGAAUACAGACUCUUGAUGCGACCAAUCAAAGGUUGCUGACAGCUCUAAACCAAUUAAAAGACAGAUAUCAGUUACAUUCAAAGAAUGGGCUGUCGAGCCCGCUUAAAACACAGCUGUCCAUCACUGAGAACGGAGAAUAUAAAAGUAGUUCCUGUUAAGUAGUUAAUCAAUUAUCAGUACUGCCAAUGUACAUUAUAUAAAUGUAUAUGUACAAACAUAAGACCCAUUUUAUUGGAAUGGAUAUUGCGAUAAACAGUCAUAAAGCAUAAAGUCAAAAGGUGAAAAGUAAAAUGAAUGUCUGACUUUGAUGUGUCACUUUACCUAAAAUAAGUGCUCUUUUUUAUCAGUUCAAAAUAAAAAAAAAAGCUGGAGUAAGAAACGUUUCAUGCAUUAAUCUCUAGUAAACAGUGUAGGACCUCUGUUAUCUCUAUGUAAUCAAAGAUGUAAAUGAUUUUCUGGACCACCCUGUAUAUACAGAUCUAUGUACAAGUACAGCAAUCUCUAAAUCAAUUUACCGUGAAAACCGUUUUACUGACUUAAAUCGUUGAAUCACCAGUUGAGCAAUCGGGGUCAUUUUAAGCGUUACAUGAAUGUCUUAAGUUUUUGUGAUCCGGAUUACUAGUUAAAUGGUGCUGAGGAGUAAUAUGUAAAAUAUGAGGCUGUGUAGAUGGAAAAUUUAUAGUUUGAACAUUUUGAACAAUUAGAGCCAUUUUGUAGACCAAA